AUGCCUUAUCCUCCAAAUCCCCCAGAUACGUCCAUAUUUGAGGACGUGUCAGAAGAGUACGUCUCGGCCAAGUCACACGUCGUCCCAAUAGCUACUCCUCGCGCGGCUCUCACUUCAUCCGAUGCAUUGGCUCUGCUGGUCGCCAAUAAUGACUGGAAAGCUGCCGAUUCGUUGCUGGAGGAGAUGAUAGAACUCGAUGUUCCCAUUAAACCGGAUUUUGUCUACGAGAAAGCCGCCAUCCACGCCCUCACGUCGAAUUUUCACAACGUAAAGCAGCAACGGGCUUCGGUAUUUGCCAAAUGGUUCAUGCUCGUACCUUCUGCACAGAAAACGCGACGAUCCUUCUAUCGAAUUCGCUUUCUCAUCUUUGGCAGAGCCGCGUCUAUCAACAUACCACUCAUUAUGCGUUUCGGCCUCAUCUGCGCGUCGAAAGGAUACGUUACGUCCCAACUAUCAUCUCAAGUCAUCAGCACCGUGAUGCGCUUUGCGGUCCCUGAAAUUAGCGAAACGUAUUUGUGCCAGUUUGAGGAACGUGCUGUGUUUUACGAAGGAGGGGAACAAAAGCCUCUCGCACCAUCAUUCCUAAAGUAUAUCUACAGCUUGGCAAUCAGGACACAGGUUUUGGCCGGCCGAUUUAAUGCAGCUCUCAGGCUCCUCGAGCUUGCUCAUCAGCGCAAGCAUCAGAUCUCAGAUUUUACCUUCAACCUCUUCUUCGAACACGCGAAAGACAAAGCCGACAUUGCAAAGGCACAGGAGUUACGCACACUUUUAUCCGACACGCCAGGCGCUGUGUUCAGUAAGGUGGAUAGAUCGGCGACAACGGCGAGUUCAUCGAAACUUGCUUCGCAGCUGCGGUACUUGCGCAAGGCCAUUAUAUCGUCCAAUCCCCCCACUGCAUACACUCUACUCUCUUUCAUCAAGGAAUAUCGCAAAACGGGAAAAGUAAAGGCCAUAAUGAUGCUACGUUCCAAGGCAUAUCGACAUUCGUACAAACCAAUGUCGCUCUGGGUAAUGGCGGAGAUGUUGUAUCAUCGUGAGCGCAAUGAGCGCCUAUUGACCAUCUUCGUCUACUUUACACACUUUUCCCUCGCUGGGCUCCCCGCUAGGACAAUCAGAAAUUGGAUGUUCCAGCUGUAUCGUCUUCGAAGCUCAUCAGAGAAAAAGUGGAAGGUACCUGCGCACUUGACAUCGCCACAAUACCCCAUCAGCGCUAAGAUAUGGCCAUCCACUUUCCACACAGCGUUGGUCUGGGAAGCUCUCUGUUGGCUAUCGCCGGAAGUGUCACAGGACAAGUUGUACUCCUCGUUGCUUCGCAUAGCUGAGUCUAGCGAAAAACAAAUUCCUUACAUCACCAAAAAAGACCAUUAUACACCCUCCUACCUCAUGUUACCCAAGCGCUCCGUAGACCCCGCACAUUUUUCACCAUUUAUUAAACUGCACGCCAAACGUGCCCGGCCUGAACGUGCUACUGCAAUUGUAGCAGACAUGAUUAGGCUUGGCCUCGAGCCUACAGCGUACCAGUGGACCAUGGUCGCUCGUGGCUAUGCAGAGUUCGGAGACCCUGAUAAAGCUAUACUUGUUCUGGAUAAGUUAACGGAACGUGCUUGUAUCACCACUGAACAGGCGUUAUCUGCACUGCAAUGUGACGAUGAAACUAUUAGUGACGAGCCUCAUUAUCUGGCGGAACUCGAAGACGAGGAAGGCGUUUCAAAUGCCAUCAUCGUGACAUAUACGAAUGUCUUGCGAGGAUUUAUCCUAUCGAAUCGUCUGGCACACGCUAUAGAAGUAGAGAAGAGAAUUAUGGAACAAUGCCAAUAUCAUCCAGGGGAACGCCCCGCCACGGAUGAUGUCUUACGUCUACUGAGAGAACUCAAAGGCAGCCAGGGGCAACCAUAA